UGCCAUUUGAAAAUUUGGCUCUAAACAAACUGCAUAGAAACGUACGAUAGCAUUCAUCUUCAGAUCUUUUCCUCUUAAAUGAACAAACGAUCUAUCUUCCCCAAACCAUCAAUCAACAAAAGGAGCAACAAACCCAAAUCUCUUUAUCCAUUCUGCUGUUCCUCUUCCAAAUUUUCUUCCUUAUCAUCGCCCACACCACAGCGUUACACUCUCUCCACAUGCAUUGCCUCCAUCCAAUCAUGUUCCCACCAAAAAAACCUCACGGGAGGCAAGCAACUCCACGCUUACAUGCUCAGAAAUGGCUUCCUUCAAGCCUCCCCUUCAUCCCUCACGAGCCUCAUCAACAUGUAUUCCAAGUGCAACCAAAUGACCCAUGCCCUUUCCUUAUUCCAAACCACCCUUCAAAACCCGAAUAUCUUUUCUCUUAAUGCAAUGAUUUCUGGGUUUGUCACAAAUGAAGAUCCCUUAAAAGGGUUAAACUUUUACAGGGAAAUGAGGGUUCUUGGUGUUUUCCCUGAUAAGUACACGUUUCCCUGCUUGCUUAAAGGUUGUUGUGAUAUUAUGGAGGUUUUAGAGGUUAGAAAGAUUCAUGGGUUGGUUUUUAAACUAAGUUUGGACUCAGAUUUGUAUGUGGGCAGUGGUUUGGUUAAGUGUUAUUUGCAGUUUUUAUUCAUGGAGGAUGCCAAGAAAGUGUUUGAUGAAUUGCUUGUAAGAGAUGUUGUGCUCUGGAAUGCUAUGGUUAAUGGGUAUGCUCAGGUUGGGCGGUUUGAUGAGGCAUUGGGAAUAUUCAGAAAGAUGUGUUUAGAAGGGGUUGAGAUUAGUAGUUUCACGGUUACGGGUGUUUUAUCAGUUUUUGCAAUGAUAGGGGAUUUUGAGAAUGGGAGGGCCGUUCAUGGGGUUGUCGUGAAAAUGGGGUAUGAUUCGAGUAUUAUAGUGUCAAAUGCUUUGAUUGAUAUGUAUGGGAAGUGUAAGUUUGUUGCUGAAGCAUUGGAGAUUUUCAAAAUGAUGGCUGAGAGGGAUAUUUUUUCAUGGAAUUCGAUUAUGUUUGUUCAUGUACAAUGUGGUGAUCAUGAUGAAACGUUGAGACUUUUUGGUAGGAUGUUAAGGGAUGGCAUUCGGCCUGACUUGAUCACUUUGACCACUGUGUUUCCUUCUUGCACUCAGAUGGCAGCAUUGAUGCAUGGUAGGGCGAUUCAUGGCUAUAUGAUUAUUAAUGGGUUGUCAAAAGAUGGAAAUUCUGAAGAUAUUGAUGAUGUUCUUAUUAACAAUGGUAUUAUGGAUAUGUAUGCAAAAUGUGGGAGUGUAAGAGAGGCUCACUUGGUAUUUGAUAAGAUGAGCCAUAAGGAUGUUGCAUCCUGGAACAUUUUGAUCAUGGGUUAUGGCAUGCAUGGUUAUGGAAGUGAGGCAUUGGAUAUAUUUUCACUCAUGUGCAAGAGUGAUUUUAAGCCUGAUGAUGUCACAUUUGUUGGAGUCCUGUCAGCCUGCAGCCAUGGUGGCUUUGUAAGCCUAGGGCGUCAGAUCCUGGGGCAAAUGAAGUCAAGAUAUGGUGUUGUUCCGACCAUAGAGCAUUAUACUUGUGUAGUUGACAUGCUUGGUCGGGCUGGGCAGCUUGAGGAGGCUUAUCAAUUGGCACUAACAUCACCUACUGAGGCCAAUGCAGUUGUAUGGAGGGCCGUAUUGGCAGCAUGCAGGCUUCAUGGAAAUUCAGAUAUGGCUGAGGUUGCCGCAAAGCAUGUCUUUCAGCUUGAGCCUGAGCAUUGUGGUAGUUAUGUAUUGAUGUCCAAUGUUUAUGUAGCCGCAGGCAAAUAUGAAGAAGUAUUGGAUGUUAGAAAUAUGAUGAGGCAACAAAAUGUGAGGAAGUUACCAGGGUGUAGCUGGAUUGAACUCAAGAAUGGAGUUCAUGCCUUUAUUAAUGGUGAUCGGAUGCAUCCUGGAUCAAGCUCUAUUUAUGAUGGAUUGCACUCAUUGACUGCUUUGUUGCAUGAGCAUGACUAUGUGCCAGAUUUAUAGUGCCAACUCCAAGCUGGAUAUUUCUCAUGGCAAUGUGCUUUUCCAUCUUUUCUUCAUACUAUAUUAUUGGUGGUAUACAGAUACAUCCUUAGAAUCUCGGGAACUGAUAAGAUAGGAAUGAGAAAUAAAACCAACAUACUCAAUAAUUCAUGUCUCCAUUCUGGAGCACUCCAAGGGAAGAGCUUGUGUGGAGUAGUCCAAGCAACUCAUAAUUGUCUGGUUGCAUGGCAGGCAACAUUGGAUGACAUAGUUUGCAUAAUAAGAUAAAACAUUUGAGUAUAAUAGUUUCUGGGAAAAGAACUAGCCUGACUGACUUGUAUACUGAACCUUUCAGCCUUUUGUCUAGUCUAAUUGUGAGAACAUGUUUUGGAGUUACCUUCAUUUCAAAGCUAUGUAGAAGGCAGGGGAUGAACAGUAGUUGAAGGUACAUAUAUAUAUAUAUACACACACACAUGUGGUGUUGACGUAUUUACAUAUUUGAGCUAGCUCAAGUCAAUUGAUUUAUUGUUUAUAAUUGUAUUUAAAUUAAUUUGAUAUUUCCUUG